AUGGCGGGACCCGACGAUAGCUCACAAUGUUUGUCAGGAAAGGAGAUGUCAACACCCAGCCAUGAAGACCUUCUUGCCGCUGUGAGGAAGGAAGAGCACCCGGACUUCGGCAUCGCGCGGAUACGCAACACCUUGAAGGAAGAGAGGGGGUGGGAGCUCUCGGAGAAGCGAGUCAAGAAGGCCAUGGCAGACCUGCAGCAGGACCCUUGUUCGUCUGCACAUGUUGCGUCGGGUGAGAACGCCCCGGGGGAGGAAUCUGCAGUUUCAGAAGCCCCCGCAAAGCUCUUUGCAAACUGCGUGGUAGAAGAACCGAGCGCAAGGUCCUAUGCCAGUGUGACGCUCUUGGAGAACGUUGGCCAAGUCGAGGGGUCAAAGGCUGCCAUGUUUGGGGGAGAGCACUAUGACGGCAAGAAGAACCUCUUCUACAACCAGCUGUACCUCUACGACCUCCUCCUCAACUCUUGGUCAAGGCAGAACUUCCCGGAGGGCAACACCCCGAGUGCGAGGUCGGCUCAUCAAGCUUGCAUCUGCAGAGACUCUCUCUUCGUCUUCGGGGGUGAGAGCUCGUCGCCCAACGGCUCCAAGUUCAAGUUGUACAACGACCUUUGGAGGUUGGACCUCUCAGCCCAUUCGACGGGGAAAUGGCAGAAAAUCUCGGAGGACAAGGAUGCGCCUGGGCCGCGGAGCGGGGCGAGAAUGACAGCGAUCGAGGGGAAGAUCUUCAUCUAUGGUGGGAUGGGCGACGACAAGUACUUUCAAGAUCUCCAUGUGUUCGACGUGGACCAGAAAAAGUGGAUCAGUCGAACCGUUCAGAUCCUGCAGAAGAAGAACAACAGCCCGACUCCUGGUCCUCGCAGCGGGUAUGUGAUGUGGAACGACAAGGAAGACGGAAUCUUCAUUUACGGAGGGACGAGAGCUCGGGGGAGGAACGAUACAGAAACUCUCGAAGACCUUUGGAGACUCGACGCCUCUAGUUACACUUGGGAGCGCGUGACGGAUGCCAAAGGACAGCAUCCGGGUCAGAGGAGUGGGCUUGCCGUGACUCUGGUGGGAGAGGCGAAGAGAGACGCCGUGCUGUUUGGAGGCGUUUCCGAUCAAGUCGCCCCGCAAGGUUCCAAGCCGACCUCUUCCUUCCAUGCCGACUUCUUCUGCUUCAACAUGGACGCGAGGCAAUGGAGCAUCCCGAAGGCCGAGAGAACGUCCCAAGGAAACCCUGCUGAGGAGCCGAAGCCAAUGGGAAGGAGAAACGCCCAGAUUGUGCAUUCGAAAUUGGGGCAAAUCUUUAUGUUCGGAGGCGUUCGAGAGGAGAAGUCAGAGAACAACAAAGAGAAGGAGGUGACGCUUGACGAUGUUUGGUCCAUCCCGGUCGGGUUGAGUAGCGAAGAGAAAGAUAGACUUGCUUUGGGUUCAUGGAAGCGUCUGCAGCGUGGAAACUUCUCCUCCGACGCUUGGCAUGAUUCCGAUUCGGAAGCUGAUUCAGACAGCGACAAUGAGAACUGA